AAAAAGACUGCAACAACGACAUUCUCUGGGCUUGGACUUAUCCUUCCAUAAGGGAUAUUCAGAAAACACUGAUUCUUAGAAAAUGCAGCUUCGACCUAGCGCACCCAUUUUUAUAUGGAAGAUAUAGAAAUGAGUGGUUUUAUAUCAGUUGCACUGAAGUUUUUGAAUCGGAUUGUUUGCGAGGAGUCAAACAGUUUGCUUUGGUGGUGUGGUCAAGAGACUUUAAUCCUGAGAAAUAUGAGACUCUGUGUCGUAUCCUGAGCAAAACCUAUUGUAAAACAGGAAACCCAGCAAUGCUCCUCAAACUAUUUUUGUCAGUGAUAACGCGGGGUGCUUGUACAACAGAAGAGAAUGGAACUUACUUUACCAAAGACUUUGAGCGCAGUUCGAUACAGAAUAAUGCUACAAUGAUCAGAGAUCUCAUAAAACUCUUUGGCUUACAGACAAUUGUGAUUUAUACAGCCUUGCUGCUCAAGAAACGUUUAGUGGUAUACCACCACAGUCUACCACACCUUCUUAAGUGGGUCCACACCUUCCCUGCACUGAUGGCUCACAGACCAGAGGCAGAGCUGCUGCAUCCGUGGCUAGACCUGUGUCCUGACGAGGUAGAUCAGCUGGUCAGCAGUCAGAGCUAUAUUGUGGGCUGCAGUGACAGCAGGAUACUGUCCAGAGUCGACUUGUUUGACGUGUUGGUGAACCUGCCGGCUCAGGAGAUCACCAUCGCUCCUCACGCUAAAG